ACCCUAACCAUUUUGAACAUUCUCAAUUCACUUCCCACUUCUCUAACAUUCCUACUACUGCAAAUCCCCAACUUCCGCCCUCAGAUCCCGAUCUCUGGUUUCAUUUCCGAUAUCUUUUUCGUACUUGGAUAGCUCUUUUCCGUGAACUUUGAUGGCGAUUGCAGGUCAACCUCUAGAUAUUCUCGGCGAGCGCCAAUCUGGUCAGGAUGUUCGCACUCAAAACGUGAUGGCGUGUCAAGCUGUUGCCAACAUUGUUAAAUCCUCACUAGGCCCGGUUGGACUCGACAAGAUGCUUGUUGAUGACAUUGGUGACGUAACGAUUACAAACGAUGGUGCUACGAUACUUAAGAUGUUAGAAGUUGAACAUCCAGCUGCCAAGGUACUUGUAGAAUUGGCCGAGCUUCAAGAUCGAGAAGUUGGUGAUGGAACAACCUCGGUUGUUAUUGUAGCUGCUGAAUUUCUUAAGAGGGCAAAUGAUCUGGUUAGGAAUAAAAUUCACCCAACAUCCAUAAUUAGCGGCUUCAGACUAGCUAUGAGGGAAGCAUGCAAAUAUGUUGAAGAGAAGUUGGCAGUGAAAGUUGAGAAGCUUGGGAAAGAUUCUCUAAUAAACUGUGCCAAGACAAGUAUGUCCUCAAAGCUGAUAGCUGGUGACAGUGACUUCUUUGCUAAUUUGGUUGUAGAAGCAGUUCUGGCAAUAAAGAUGACCAAUGCACGAGGAGAAGUCAGAUACCCAAUUAAGGGAAUUAAUGUUUUAAAGGCACAUGGAAAAAGUGCCAGAGAUAGCUACCUACUGAAUGGUUAUGCUUUGAACACUGGCCGUGCUGCACAAGGAAUGCCCUUAAGAGUUUCCCCUGCCAAGAUUGCUUGUCUUGAUUUUAAUCUUCAGAAAACAAAAAUGCAGUUGGGAGUCCAAGUCUUGGUUACUGAUCCUAGGGAGCUUGAGAAAAUUCGUCAAAGAGAAGCUGAUAUGAUGAAAGAACGUAUUGAGAAACUUUUGAAAGCUGGAGCCAAUGUUGUCCUGACUACGAAAGGAAUUGAUGACAUGGCACUCAAGUAUUUUGUGGAGGCGGGAGCUAUUGCUGUGAGACGUGUCCGAAAAGAGGAUAUGCGCCAUGUUGCUAAGGCAACUGGUGCGACCAUGGUUUCAACCUUUGCCGACAUGGAGGGUGAAGAAACUUUUGAUUCAUCGCUUCUUGGAUAUGCUGAUGAAGUUGUAGAGGAGCGCAUUGCUGAUGACGAUGUUGUUAUGAUUAAAGGGACCAAGAGUACCGGUGCGGUUUCCCUGAUCCUAAGAGGAGCUAAUGACUAUAUGCUUGAUGAGAUGGAAAGAUCCCUACACGAUGCUUUAUCUAUUGUGAAAAGGACUCUUGAGUCCAACACGGUAGUAGCAGGUGGAGGUGCUGUUGAAGCUGCCUUGUCCGUUUAUUUGGAAUAUCUCGCCACGACUUUAGGAUCACGUGAACAGUUGGCAAUUGCAGAGUUUGCCGAAGCUCUAUUAAUUAUACCAAAGGUGCUUGCAGUCAAUGCCGCAAAGGAUGCCACUGAAUUAGUUGCAAAACUUCGGGCUUACCACCACACCGCUCAAACCAAGGCUGAUAAGAAACAUUUUUCAAGCAUGGGCUUGGACCUCUUGAAUGGAACCGUUCGAAACAACUUAGAAGCAGGAGUCAUCGAGCCCGCAAUGAGCAAAGUGAAGAUUCUUCAGUUUGCAACUGAAGCAGCCAUAACCAUUCUUCGAAUCGACGAUAUGAUCAAGCUUGUCAAAGAUGAAAGUCAGAAUGAAGAGUAGGGGUAGGGUAAUAUAAACGAUUGAGAUGUGAAUUUUUUUAUGUUUUUGCUAUUUGUUCAUGUGACUGGUAUUAGAAUGAACUUAUGUUUGUUUUUGUUCAGUGAUUCAAAAACCACCUUCCUUUUUGUUUUUUUGGUUGUAUGCUU